UGUUCUGCUCCCAGGGACCCCCGGAGCUGGAGGGACGGGGAAGGCUGAUGGAGGCUGCUGCUGUGCUGGGCUGGCUGCUGCCUUUGCUGCUGCAGGCUGUGCCCGGGGCUGCGGGCUCCCGGCCCUGCAGCCCCAAGUACUUCGGGCGCGAUGCCAUGGUGUGUGUGUGCAACGCCACGUACUGUGACACUCUGGAGCCCGUGGUGCUGCCGGCCCCGGGCACCUACAUCAAAUAUGAGAGCAGCAAAGCUGGCAAGAGGCUGGAACGCAGCGAGGGGAGCUUCCAGCCCAGCCUGAGUGCCCCAGGGAUUGAGUACAACCUCCUCAGGCUUCCCAUGGCUUGCAGUGACUUCUCCACACGCCCCUACACCUAUGAUGAUGUCCCCCACGACUAUGAGCUGAAGCACUUCAGGCUGCCAGAUGAGGAUGUGAAGAUGAAGAUCCCCAUCCUGCAGAGAGCCUCAGCCAUGAGCAAGAGCCCACUGCUGCUGUAUGCCAGCCCUUGGACCUCCCCAGCCUGGAUGAAGAGUAACGGGGAUGUCCGUGGCAAGGGCACGCUCAAGGGACAGGCAGGGGACAAAUACCACAAGACCUGGGCCAACUACUUCAUCAAGUUCUUGGAUGAAUAUGCCAAACACAACGUGACCUUCUGGGCAGUGACAGCACAGAACGAGCCCCUGGCAGCUCUUCUCACCCCCCCAGACUUCCCCAGCAUCGCCUUCACAGCUGCCCAGCAGAGGGAUUUCAUCAUCCAUGACCUGGGCCCUGCUUUGGCCCAAAGCCCUCACCCCACCCAGCUCAUCAUCAUGGACGACCAACGCAUCAACCUCCCUCACUGGGCUAAAGUGGUCCUGGGCAAUGCCACUGCUGCCCCCUAUGUCGCUGGCAUAGGGGUUCACUGGUACCUGGACAGCAUUGUCCCACCUGGCAGCAGCUUAGAAGCCACCUACAAACUCUUCCCAGACCGUUUUCUCCUCUACACUGAGGCUUGCAGUGGGUUCCUCACCCUCAGGUUCUCAGUGUCCUUGGGCUGCUGGGACCGAGGGGAGCGUUACAGCCACAGCAUCAUAACGGUUCUGAAUCACUUUGUGGCUGGUUGGACCGACUGGAACUUGGCCUUGGACCUCAAGGGAGGUCCCAACUGGGUGAAGAACUACGUGGACAGUCCCAUCAUCGUGGACAGCAGCAAGGAUGUCUUCUACAAGCAGCCCAUGUUCUACCACAUGGGACACUUCAGCAAGUUCAUCCCUGAGGGCUCGAGGCGUGUGGAGCUGCACAGGAGCCGCCGCUGCCUCGUCUGUCAGCUGGAGCACGUGGCUGCUCUGCGCCCUGAUGGGGGGCUUGUCCUGGUGGUCCUCAACAGGUUUGGCUGGGAUGUGCCAUUUGGCAUCCAAGACCCCACUCUUGGUUUCAUCGAGGCUGUGGCACCGGCCAAUUCCAUCCAGACCUACCUGUGGAGCCAGAAGUGA